AUGCAAUUGCCUUCCCUACUCUCCAUCGGGGCCGUCCUGGCUACCUUAGCUGCCAGUGCCUCCCUCACAAUCACAAUUCCCUCCUCAAACAUCCUCCCCAACCCGCAUGCUCUCCCCGCAACCUCCCACGCAACCCUCACGACUUUGCCGUCAUCCUCCAAGAACGACCAUAUCCGAACAGCCUCACUCACUCGCUCCUCGACCUUCACCUUCCGAGACCUCCCCGCAAGCUCGUCUCCGGAGUCCUACCUGCUCGACAUCCGCGCCGCCGGCGAAUACGCCUUCGCCCCGUACCGCGUCGACGUCGCCGCCGACGGCUCUAUCCUCGGCGUCUGGGAGACCUUCCGCGGAAAUCCCUGGGAUAAUCGCGGCUCGGAGAAAUACGUUCGCGAUGCUACCACCGGAGCGCAGGAGAAUGUUGUCGUUGAGGCGAAGGUGCUUGGCCGUAUAAGUUUCUAUGAAGAGCGGUCGAAGUUCUCGCCGCUGAGCCUAUUUAAGAACCCUAUGAUCUUGAUGGCCGUCGUCGCGCUGGGUAUUACCUUUGGUAUGCCCAAGCUCAUGGAGAACAUGGACCCCGAAACGCGCGCCGAGUUCGAACAACACUCUCGUUCUUCCCCUCUCACCGGGGCUACGGGCAAUGCGAUGACCGGAGGCGGCUUCGAUCUAGCUGGAUGGAUGGCCGGGACCUCUCCUGGCCCCAUGGCAAGUGCGGAGGCGGCCCGUGGAGGUGCAACCGGCAGAGAGGCUGCUGAUUCUGCGCGGAAGCGUGGAUAG